CAAAUGCUCUCACUCUCCUCUUGUGGGACAUUCCAUGUUUUUCAUCCCGUCACAGUAGAAACUGGACCGGACUGUAGGGAGGAGCUCUUCCUUGACGUCACCGCGUGGGCGUGUCUCGUGACGCUCUUAUGAAUUCAACAGAAAGGCGGCUGUGUUAUUUCACGCGGAGCAGCUGGACUGUUUCUACAGAGCGUCUGGAAAAUGGACCGUAACGAACCGAGUCACACGUUCUCGCUGUGGAUCCUGGUUUUUGUUUUCUUCGUCUCUUCACCAGCUGAAGCUCAGGCUGUGGUGAUGGCUUCUCCUCGCCUCAUCUCCUCGGCCCCGGGUGAUGACGUGGUGCUGCGCUGUCACCUGGAGCCUCCGGUCGACAUACAGGCUCUGACGGUGGAGUGGUCCAAACCCGACCUCCAGCCCGACCCGUGGGAUCCGCUGAGGCGGGUCCAGUACGUGCACGUGCACCGUAACGGAGGCGAAGUGACAGACAUGAAGCUCAGGUCGUACGCUGGGAGGACGGAGCUGCUCACGGAGCAGCUGAGACAUGGGAACGUAUCCCUGAAGAUCCUCAACGUGACGCUGGCAGACGCAGCCAGAUACAGAUGCUUCAUCCCCAAGUUAAAGAGCGCAGUGAGGGAGGCCACGGUGCAGCUGGUGGUCGAUCCAUAUUUGAUUAAACCCUCAACAACAGAGACGCCUCUGGAUCCCAAAAACCUCCAAACCCAAGAACCACAGGACCAAACAAACGCUGCAGCAGGAGGUCAGUCCAGUCUGCGCAUCUGGAUCCUACUCGUGGCAUCGUCCUCUGUCCUUGUGACGCUUGGUGGAGUCUGUUUGUGGCGUCAUUAUAAAAAAGAAAGAAAGACGACUCUAGAAGAACCUGGAGCCCCUCAAGGUCGAGAACCUCUUGUCCAAGGAUCCUGCUUAAGGACUAGUUGAGUGUCGUUAGGCAUUUAAAUCAGUUUUCAAACCACUGAUGGUUAAAGCAAACUGUCCUGUUGAGGACCUGUCCACUCAACGUGAUAAUGAGACGAUGCAACCAGACGACAUCUGUGAUGUUUAUGGGUCCAAGGGCUUCAGUCAGCAGGCUGCUGUUCAAGCCAUCAGUUUGUCAUGACAUCAUGUGUUAUUCAGCAUCUGAAGGGACUUUCAGGUACUUUAAGAUCAGAUGCUGAGUGAGUCUCACUGCGUUUUCAGACUUAAGCAGAUGUUCUAUUAGCAUGUGCUCAGCAGCUGGUUCGCUGUGGAUUCAACAGAAAGACUGGAAAACCCUGGAAGCUCCACAGAUGAUAAACGUCCACCAGAGUCGUUUCUGGUCAGAACCAUUGUGGGUCAGAGAUGAUGGACACUACACCACUCAAACAUGUUUAAGAUGCAGCUGUUGAUUCACUUAUUCAGCCUUGUAGAUGUUUCAUGUGUGUUAAACCUGUGGAAGUGAGAGAGGCAGCAGUGGUUUACGCUGGCAUGUCCCUAUUUUAUUAUUUAUUAAUAAAUUAUUUUAUAAGUCAAUAUGACGACACAAACGGGUAAAUGUGAUUUAAGCUACAUUUGUUGAGUCGCUUAUAUUUUCAUGUGUAUUUAUUAUUAGUUUAUUUUUAAAAUGCUGACUGUACUUGUGAUUUUUUUUAAACACUAAGUUGUAUCAAUAGUAUUAAUUGCUGUUUUUAUGUGGUGUGUACGUGUGUGUGUGUGUGGGGGGGGUCCUGUGAAGGAGCCUUUGUUUCAUCCAUGAAGAAUGAGUUAAGUUUUAUAUGACGUCGACUUGGAUUCAGUCACUGUUGUUUAUAUGUGAUAGCAGCGGUUGUGUAGUUUGGGGGUUUUCCAGGUUGAUCUGUCUGACGUUCCCCAAACCAACCACACUGAAAGCACCAGUGUUUCUUUGUAAAAUCUGAAUGAGCCUGAGGCCUGAGUCCAACUACUGUAGCCUCUGUCCAUAGGGAAACAAUGACUCCACCAGGCUGUGAUUCACUCAUUAUUUUCCUGAGGAAAUCCCCUCAUUUGCCUGCAGCAAAGGCUCAAAGGGAAACUGCAGGAAGAUGUUUGAUUCAUGGAUUAAAGUGAUUUUACAAUCAGGAAACUGAUCAGAAACACCCACUGAUGGAAAUGAGGAGCUUCCAGCUGAUGAAGGUGCUUAUUGAUGUCAGGGUUUAGGUGAUAAGUUCAGUGAUCCCCACUACAUUAAACUGUCUUAUUAUUG